CUCUUCAUGUAGACGUACAGGGCACUCGUCUACAAUAUUUAAGGUAAAAAAUGGCCAAUAGACUUUCAUUUAAAACAUGUUCUAUAGAUAUAAGAAUGAUCUUAAUCAUUUUUUUGUUGCCUUAUCCUUUUCUAAGUGACGCGAGGCAAGAAAAACACUUCCUCCGCUACAAGUUUACAGCAUUUUUCAAAGCAUGCACGUUUCCUGUGUUCAAAGCUGUCGGUGUCUGUGAUGGCAGACAGAUCGCUCACUACAGUAAUGAAGAAAGAGUUUGGAUAAGAUCUAGUCUGACUGCAGAUAACUGGAUUGGUAGACCUGCAGAACCAACUAAAGAUUAUGAUUCUAGAGACUGGUUCCUACAUCAGUUAAACACUCUGUCAAACUGCACAGACUCUCAGUGUUCUGAGCUCCAUGUUCUUCAGAGAAUGAUUGGUUGUGAACUGGAGAAACUUCCUGAUGGAACAUGGAUUGAUAAAAACCCCAAAGCUAAAGAAACCAAAAAGUCAUUCACUUCACCAGAUGUUCGUGUCUUUGUGAAGAACGCUCCUGAUCAAAGUAAGCUGGUUCUGAGCUGUCUGGCCACUGGUUUCUACCCCAGAGAUAUUGAGAUGUACAUUAGGUUGGACGAAUCUGUUCUUGUGAACCAAACAUCUUCUGGAAUCAGACCAAAUGCUGAUGGAUCCUUUCAGAUGAGAACCAGUGUGGAGAUUGAUGCAAAUCGCACAGGGAUUUAUGACUGUCUGGUCAUUCACAGCAGUCUGACUCAGACACAGCCGAUUGUAACAGUGUGGACCAUAUAUCAGCAGAAAUCAAGUGAAUGUCUGUGGUCUUUUAUAGCAGGAAUAAUAGCAGCAGCUGUAGUUAUAUUUCUCUUUGUGAUUGGUUGCUGCAUCUACCAAAAGAAAAAGUCAUAUGCUCUGAUGAGAAGUUACUCGGUUAAGUUGGAGUGAUUGUUCAGAUCCCCAGUCCAGCGAG